AUGGGCAGGGGAGCAUCGAAAAGCCCGAUAGGUACGUCCUGCACAGAAAAAGUGGGCACUCGCUUACAUGCAACCUUCUUCCAGGCUCUAGACAUGCGCCUUGAUUCGAAACCACUGACCGAACUAGACAAGAAAUUCGAGGACACGACUUUCGCCCGGAAAUAUGUGGAGUCCGUAGGCAGCAAGGCUUCGGCAAGGUUUGAUCGGAUCAAGAAACGUGCCAAAUGGGAGUUCGAAUUGGAUUAG